GCAGAAUACAAAAACCGACGUCCCCGCCGACGUGCGCCUCACGAGACCGACCCGCCCGCCGUCCCACUCCCCCGCUUCUUAUAUAUUCCAGCCCCGCCUCCGGCCCCAACUCCACUUAGACCGCCUCCGCGCACGCAUCAUCGACGGUGAAGCGUAGGUAGCGUCUCCACAGAUCGGGAUCAGGCGGCGAUGGACUUCUCCGGCGAUGUCAAGCAGGCGAUCCCCCGCCCGGCCGUCGCUUUCGGCGGCGUCGGCAGCGCUGGCCCGUCCCCGCUGCUCCGCGGCUGGCGGGAGUUCAGGCGGAGCGGCGCGCCCGUCAGGUUCCUCUGCUUCGAGGACGGCGCGUGGGCUGAUGUCGAGGGCGAGGCCGCUGUGCCUCUGCGCCGGUCGUUCCUGGACGGGAGGGUGGUCGCUGAGGCUGCCUAUGGCGGCAGGGAGUUCCUGUUCGACUUCUUGCGGAUGGUGCGCAUCGACGCUGGCACCGCCCAGGAGGUCGCCAUGGGCUGGAUUGACGACCGCGGGGCCUGCUUCUUCCCAGUGCCGGACAGCGGGCGGAAGAGGAAGAGGGGCGAGCCUGAGCUGGAGGACCGGGCGUCGUCCGGGGUGGAGGAGGGGUCCGACGAGAGCAGCGACACGGUGGAGUCCGGCAGGGUCGGCAAGGCGGCCCGCGGGACUUGGGGCAGGGCGGUGAGGCUGGUGGAGACGGACAAGUUCUACCAGGUUGUCAAGAAGCUCUUCCUCAGCGGGAUUGCCCCCCGGGUGGGCGGCGGCGUGGCGAUCACGGCGGUGCACAAGGUCGCGCAGGGUCCUCGGUGCAGGGCGUUCCAGCAGCAGGGACAGCUCCUGGCCGCUGCGCGCGGCGCCGACGGGGGCAAUGCCAAGUUCGCGUGGUACGGCGCGCCGUCGGCGGACGUGGCCGCGGCGGUGGAGCACGGGUUCGGCAGGACGAACAGCCGCGUCCUCGGCCAUCGCGCGCACGGCGACGGCGUCCACCUCUCGCCGCCUCAGUCUCCUUUCGCCAGCGCAAUGCUAGCAAAUGCAGAUGUGAACGGCGAGGCGCACAUCGUGCUGUGCCGUGUUCUGAUGGGCCGGCCAGAGGCCAUCCCAGCCGGGUCCUCCCAGCUCCACCCCAGCAGUGACAAUUACGACAGCGCCGUCGACAACAUGCAGAAUCCCCAGUGGUACGUUGUUUGGAGCAAGGACAUGAACACGAGGAUCCUCCCAGAGUACGUCGUCAGCUUCAAGUGCCCCAGCCUCCGUCAGAUGCAAGGAUCAUCGGAAGCGACCUCCCAGCUAAAGAAGCCUUCGCCGGUGGCCCGUGACAUGUUUCCGACGCUUCUAGCAGAGAUCCAGCGGUUCGUGCCAUCGUCCAAGCUGCAGACAUUACAGGGGACCUACAAUCGCUUCAAGAAAGGGCAGAUGAAGAAGGAUCAGUUCAUCCGAUUCUUGCGCGCCUUCAUCGGCGACAGGGUGUUGACAGCAGUUGCCAAGAAACUCCGAGGAUACUGAUGGACAGUGCAAGGGUGUUCUUCUGCUAGUUCUGUUGUCGUCAAAGUGGUGUGCUGGUGGUGAGGUGGUAGCUCAUUCGGCUGACUCCAUAGAACCGGAAGGGUGUGCGUGUCGGGUAUCAACAAGAUAGUUCUUCAUUUCUUAUGUCGCCGUAGUUUAGCUGAGAUUUGUUGUUGAUCUCAAGGACAUAGAGGGGUUACGGCAAUCUUCCAUUAACCAACACAAAGUUAGAUUUUAUUCUUGGUUUCUGCUAUAUUUUACUUGGUAUUUUGCUACCUGCAAUCUGUACAGACUGAAAGUUUUACCAAUUUAUGCCUGAAAGCAAUCAUUUGUUCGACGCCA